UGAACAUUGCUGUGGACUGGGGUCUAUAUCGCAUUAGCAUCUCUGUGCUGCGUCAUUGCAAUGGUGGCUGAUUAUUACAUGGUUUUUGGAACCAAAAACUAUGGUUUCUGUGUAAAUAUUUCUUUCUAAUGUUGCUUCUCUCCCUAUGAUAGGUGUUGCAAUAAAGUACCAUGGAUCUAACUACUCUAAUGUCAGGUUAUGUAUACCACGCUGCAAGCUUGGAAGCCUGACCUUUAUGUGCACCAUGGCGGCUAAUCUAUUGCCUUCUCCAUCUACCAUGGACAAUAAAGAACUUGUCUCGAACAUUAUAGAUUUAAUUAUGAUAAGUUCUUUGUUGUCCAUGUGGUUGAUAGAUCAGGCAAAAAAUUAGACACCAUGGCGCAUAUAGAGUUUAUACUUCCAAGUUUUGUAGCUUGGUUGACAUCACCUGGCAUUGGAUUAUUUAGAUCCACUGGUAGCUUCAUUGCAACAGCUAUUACAGGAAGCAAAGCAGCAUAUAUUCAUAUUGAAGUAUUGACAUGGAAACUAUAAUUUUUUAUCCUGAAAUCAUGUACUAAAUCUGCCAUCAUUGCAAUAAUGCAAAAUAGAGAUGCUAAGGCUAUAUAUGUAUCCCAAUUCAUGGCAUAUGGGUUCACUGAACCUGUUUUGCAGAUCUGAGCCGUAUACUAAUAAGGUUGAACGCCAUCUGGUAACUGUUGAAGCUCUUGAAUCUAGUGGUGGCAAUCAAGUGACAAGAAAGUCGAACAAGUUAUUAAGUAAAAAGCUUUUGGUGCUCUCGGUUUUGGUGGAAAGAAACAACCACCCUACGGUUUUCAUGGGGUUUUCUAGCACAACAUGGAGUCUUGAAGCUUUUGCAAGCAAUGGUUGUUUUGACAAGUGGGAGCUUGAAGACAUCAUUCGAAGAUUUAAUGAUUUGUCCCUUAAGAAUUAGUUGACAAUUCUUGUGUUAGUUCAUAAGAGUUGUCACUAGUUAAAUGACUUGGUUUAUCCACUUUUACAUAUCCUAGAUGUUUUAUGUUGAUAUUAUAUGUGUGGUUGAAAACUUUGAAAUAAGUUUUUACAUGCUAAAUAAUAUCUUGAACAUAGGCCCGACCCUAA